UGCCCCAGUCCUGUACGGUGACCCACUCCUGUCCGGCAUGAGCUUCCAGCGCAGGGCAUCCCUCACCCCUUGAGAGCUUUCACCGCACCGUCACUGCUCCCGGCUCCCUCAAAAGUCUCCGGCCUUUCCCCACCAACCAGCAUAGCUAUCUUGCGAUGGCUUCUGCGCCAUCAACCUCCAAGGCUACCACAGCAACAGCUUCAGCCAGUCGGAAUGAAGAGCCAGCAAACAAACCGACCGAGACCGAAGAUCCGCCGAACAAGCUAGCCGAAUUUCUGGCUGUUGGCUCUUCCUCGCCCUGGCCAGCAUGGUCCAUGAGCGGCUUGUUGAUGGCCUCUCUCCCUACGACCAGCCGACUCUCAAGUGCACUCUAUCCCACUGGACUCGCGCCCACCUGGCAAGUCACCCCGUUGGCGAUGGUCUUUGGCUUGAGUGGCUAUAUCACUUCAGCAGGUGAUUAUUAUAACGGUUCCGGUACAGCUUCUGCCUGGAGUAUAAUUUACCUAUUUCUAUACGGAAGGGAUUCUUGGAGACAUACAUUCGCACGACCACCAAGGACGAGAUUCAGCCUGUUCCCGAUCUCACUUUCUGCGUUCGCCCUCACGAAUGGAAUCAUCCAUGGUUAUGUCUAUUGGUCCGGCUUCUAUCGCGACCAGUUGAAGGAAGAAUUAGAGAAAACAGCUAAGGAAUCUUCUUGACUCAAUCGAAAUUCAUAUUAUACAUACGAGAAAUCAAAAGGAUCGGACGUUUUCUACAUCGAGUAAUCAAUCCCAAGCGUCGCUCCAGCUUUAUCAUGCCUCCAAUUUGCACAAUUAAACUACACACGCACAUAUAUAUAGCUAUAUCCUCAAGAAACGGGAAUGAGGAAAGAUCUCAUGUCUUAUCCAAAUCAUCGGUCAUCAACCAUCGUCCUUGUACGCUCGAGUCAAAACCUGACUGAUGUCUUAUUUUGUUAAAUCGAUCGACCUGGCUGAAGAUUUAUCUUGGGGUGCUCUCGACAAACCUCUUUACGCCAAGAGUUACAUAGUCCUGGUGUCUAUCUUCCUUAUAAUAACGAACUUAGACAUCAACCGAAUUGUCUGUAGAAUUGUGUAUGUGUUGAGCUGAUCUCUCAGUGGGUGACCUGUUUACCUAAGACUCUGUAAUCGCUCAUACCCGGAUAAAAAGUCCAUGUUUUGAUACGCUGUGAUGUUUCGCAGUCCGCACAAAAAAACAGUCGAGCCAGCCACCAAGAGCUCGUCCCACCUCAGCUCUUUCAAGUUUCGGGAAAGACAGACAUUUCUUAAUAUUCA